AUGGGACAGGACAAGUGCGAGUCGGGACACAAGUCCACGAAGCACUGGUUUGUGGUCAAAAACGCCACACACGGCAAUGUACUGCGCAACGACAUUCACUCCGAGGACCGCGACGGCUGCGAGGAUCCGUCGGAUCCCAGUGAUGUGCGCAAUCGCAACGAAAUCACCUGGUGGAACGAGGACGCCGAAACAAGGCUCAUGCGCGCCGCAUACGGUGAUACGCGCACGUAUCGGUGGAACCUCAAGAUCCCCAAAGGCAUACAGAGUUCCGAGAAAAAGUCCUUCUACGUACUGUGGCAAAUCAAAACUCGCGAAGGCGGCGACAGAUCGCCGGUCAUGUCCCUAGAACUCAGGCACACCACGCUGACCAUGUCCAACUCAUUCAUGGUCAAGCCGAUCCGCAACGCCGCGAGUCCCAAUGCGCUGACGUACAACCCCACGACGGGCGAGAUCACGUACACGACAUCGACAACCGAGACCAAGGGAAACAUUGUCCCGUUAACGCGCAACGCCGGAGCUAUUCUAGGCCAGCUUGAGGUCAAGGAAUUCAGCUACAUCAACAAGAGCAAGUACAUUGAAUACGGCACACUCGGUGUCGCCGCAACCAUUACCGAUUGGCUCGUGUCCGAGAAGGCCAACGAAGGUUGGGCGGCCAAGUUGGGAGAAGCCGGGUUUGCCUCGGCCAGCCCCGAAGACACGCCCGCUAGUGUCGGUGAGCAGGACACGUUCGUCCAGCAGCUGUACGCGGACUACGUGGCGGCAACAGAAGCUGUUCCGGAAACGUUUGUGGACAAGGACGAGACGCACUUUGGGUUUAUGGCCGAGGAAGUGCAGACCAUUUUACCCGAGCUCGUGUACGACGACACGGACGGCAAGGCGCUAGAUAUCAAGUGGAACAACAUUACGGCGCUGCUAGUCAAGCAGAACCAAAUCCUGACGGCGCAGAUUGCCGAGUUGACCAGCGACACGGAAGCGCGGUUUGCGACUUUGGAAGCCAAAUAA